CAAACCAAAGUUCCACCCCACAACACAAUAAAAACUCAUUUCGAAACCAAACCAUUCAAUGAACCAUGAAGGUGGUAUAUGCAGUAUCUAUGCCCCGAGAUAGCGCUGCCUGGCACGUUAGCUUAUUCGAAAAACGAACCCCAGUCGAGUUGGUUCAGUCUGUCAGUUCUGUCAUGUCAGUCAUGGCGAGCAAGACGGUGAGCGAAAAAGCGAAAUGGCGGAGAAGAAAGUGCUCGAAACCUGACGAGGACAAUGACUGUGCCAGCCUCGCUUGGCUGCUGAACUUCAGACUUGAUGAGUUCGUGAAUGUAAAGGUCCCAGAUGAUGAACCCGUCGAAGAACAGCUAACAGUAGCUGUUGUAAGAGCCGAAUCUCCGCCAGUAGCUAAGAAGCCUCCAUUCACGUAUCCGGAACUGAUCGAGAAGGCUUUGAGGGAGCGAGGGGAGCUGACGGUGUCUGCUAUUUACCAGUGGAUCUCAGACCACUAUCCGUACUACAAAGCGAAUGAUGAGCGCUGGAAGAACUCCGUGCGACACAAUCUCUCCAUCAACCCGCACUUCCGCAAAGGAGCCAGGGCUUCCCAGGGUGCUGGACACCUGUGGUCGCUCGCUGCCAACGCUAUCGACCUGCUGCCAAUGAGGCACCAGGCGUAUGACAAGACUGAAGAGGUUAUUGAGGCUCACAUUAUUGACUGCCCUAAGGUUAUAGUUUUGGACGAAGCUGCGAUCGCUGCCGCCAGCAUUAUUCCAGAUCAAGAUAUAUUUACGGGUAGUACAAUGUUUCUCAACCCAGUCUCGGCGGAGCAGGUGGUGCGAGAGUGUGGCCUCAUCACCAGCAUGUAAAAAUUCCCUGCGACCUGAUUAGUUUAAUUAAUUAUUUAAAAGAUGAAAAAAGAAGCAAACGGAUAUAUAUACA